AUGAAAUUUCUCGGUUUGUUGUCAUACUCGGCCACUCUAUAUGUGCGCCAUGGCAGCCGGCGGGCAAGCCUCCCCCCAGGGCCUCGACCGAAGCCAGUUGUUGGGAACUUGGGCGAUUUACCACCGUCCGGCGUGCAGGAUUGGCAGCAUUGGCUGAAACACAAAGAUCUCUAUGGGCAUAUUAGUUCGCUUACGGUGUUCGGGCGCACGAUAAUCGUGCUCAACGACGUGGAGAUGGCCUUGGAGUUGUUGGAAAAGCGCUCGGCUGUCCAUUCUUCUCGGCCGAAUAUGACCUUUGCUGGAGAAAUGUAA